AUAAACACAUCUUUGACUCACAAGCUCUCCAACGUUAUUUCUCUCAGUGUGGCAAGAUAAGCUUUCAAAUACUUACAUGAAAGCGUGUUUUUAACCAAUGAAUUAAAGAGUAGACAUUUAUUUUCGUCUCUUAAGCAAAUCGUUAUACUAUAAAAGUUUGACAUAGUUUUCCAAACCGCUUAGUUUGUGUUGUGUGUUGUAUAUUUAGUUUAGCUGAGUGGGUUAGCAAUGUUUACAGAACUCAACAGUAUCCUCAACACGUCUCCUGACUCUUUCACACAGGGAGAAUUUAUUCUAGUCUCUGACAGACAGAGUGACGCAUCGUUUCUUAUUCAUCACUUCCUUUCUUUCUACCUACGAGCGCGAUGCAAAGUGUGUUUUCUGGGGUUGGCGCAGUCAUUUUGCCACUACGGUGCAGUGAGUCAAAGACUGGGUGUCAGUUUAACACAAGCAAAGGAGAAAGGCCAGCUGGUUUUCUUUGAGGGAUUGAAGGAGUGCCUGUCUGUUCUGCUUCCAAAGGAAAACAAUGUGGAAAGCGGAGCUAUGAACUUUCUCAGGGACCCCCCUGUCGGCCUGAGGAGUCUGUAUGAGUUUGUUCGCUCCAGCAUGAUUGGCUCAGGCAGCAUGGAGGAAGGAGCAGAACAAUGGGGGCCGAAUGUGCUGCUGGUGGACGACCUCAGCGUACUGCUGAGUCUGGGCGUCGACGUUGGAGCCGUUUUGGACUUCAGCCAUUACUGCAGAGCUUUAGUUUGCUCCCAAAUGCAGGGGAACAUGGUGAUGCUGGUUCGCUGUAACAAAGAAGAGGAUGAUGAUGAUGAUGGAGAUGAAGGAUCCGAGGUUCUACUGAAGGGUCUGACCCACCAGUGUAAUCUUAAUCUUCAUGUACAGGGUCUCCCCACGGGCUACUGCAAGGACAUACAUGGCCAGAUGGAAGUUUGUUGGAAGAGGAGACAAGGCGAUGCACCACACAUGCAGAAAAACCUCUUUCAAUACAAAGUUCAUGAUAAAGGAGCUUCCUUUUUUGCCCGUGGGACGUCCAGUGCUGUUCUUUAACUCCACGUUUAGUUUUUCUCACAUGGAUGUUUCAAAAUCAGGAGAUAUAGAUUUGACUGAUGUUCAUACUCUAAAUUUGCCUGAUCUGUGAUCUAUAAUCAUUGUCCUUGUCUGGAGGAUGUGAUCUGUGAUAUUCAGUUACUUCCUGAUUCCAGGUGACUAUUUAUUGGAUCUAUUACCUGUUUAUAUUCAUGUCAAUGUUUAAUUAGUAGGAUACAUUUAAUUUUUAUGUUGGUAGGGUUUGCAAACAUGCACCUUUCUUGAAGUUCAGAAACAAUCUCAUCACUUCUUAAUACUUUUCUUUCAAAGCACAAACUUUUUUUUUCUUUUAAAGUAGAAUUAAGCAGCUGUUCUCUAGUUUGUUUUUUUUUCCACUAAUUUAUACCCCAAUAUCUUUUCUUGUUAAGCCCUCUGUCUUGACUUUUUGAAAGGAAACAC